AUGAGUGAUACCCUCGGAGCUCGUAUGCCGAAGGCGUGCAGGACAUGUGCCAAGGCCAAAGUACGAUGUGAGCCGGAGGCAAACGGAGUCUGCAAGCGAUGCCGUCGCUUGGAGAAGGAGUGUAGUGGCCAGGCCCCUGGAGCACAUCGUCGUCAGAAACCUACCCGAGGGAGCCUCGAGGUUUCAGCACUAGAGGCAAAGCUAGACCGGAUGGUUGAAAUGCUUGCCGCAUCGGAGAGAUCUAGGGAUGCCCAAUCCAACAUUAGUCCAUCGCCAGGACUGUCCUCAAUACAUCCAAAUGAGGAUAAUUCAGUGCCGAAGGGACAAGAUGAUGAAAUAUUUAUGGCAGUCUUGAGAAGGUCAAUUCUCCCUUUGUUUCCGUUUAUUGUCAUUCCUCCCAAUCUUACUGCGGAACAAUUACGAAGAGAACAUCCAUUCCUCCAUCUGAACAUCUCCAUGGUCGCCAGUCAAACGGGACCACGCCAGCGAGAAAUUGCAGAAACGGUCAAACAGUGGGUUGCAGAGCACAUUGUGCUGGGUGGUCAACAUAGCAUGGAUAUUCUCCAGGGUCUUCUCGUCUUUGUGUCCUGGUUCAUCACCGUUUCUAAAAUUCCACGUUGGGAGCAAUCCGAACCAAGUACCGGUCAGAUACAGGACGCUGUGGGUCCCAGUAUCCAUGCUCAGUUCAGCGCACAGCUUGACGUAUUCAUGCAACUAGCAAUGGCACAAGUCAUCAGCUUAAAUUUAAAUCAGGGGAUCUCGUCGUUAAGAAGCCUUGAUAGGCCGCUUUCCUACCUGAGAGCUAUUGACUUCCAGCCUAAUCAGAUUCCUGCACGAACUCUUGAGGAACGUCGGAUCUAUUUGGGAUGCUACUAUAUCAGUGUCAUGCUGACCGUGUGCGUGAGAGACAUGGAACCUAUCCGCUUCACAAAAUAUACCCAUGAAUGCUGCGAAGCCCUGCAAGAGGCUUCAGAAUUCGCUACCGAUGCCUAUCUUGUCCAGCUUGUACGAGUAAUGCAUCUGGCUGACAAAGUUCAUCAUACAAUGUCCACCAAUCUGCAAGAAACUCCUCCAGUCCUUACCACGCCGCUCGCUCUCAUAGUUCGAGGUCACCAGGCAGAGCUUCAACAACUCAAAGCAUCCUUACCCUGCGAAUUUCCCCACUCAGCUCUAUUAUCUUGUCAUUACCAGACGGUAGAGAUCCUCAUAUAUCGGGUCUCGUUGAGUGAAGAUUUCUCCGAAUCCAAGUAUGGAGAUCACACAGCGACGCGACUGGAUCUUCUCUUCCGCUGCUUGGAGGCCGUGAAGUCUUUUUUCUACGACAUUCAGUCCAUUCCAUCCGAACUACUCCCCUUCUUCCCUUUUACUAUCUGGUGUCAAUUUGGCGUUGCUAUGGUCACACUAUCUCGACUGACCCUUUUUCAGGGUGAAAACAUCGGAUGGGACAGAGCUUAUGUUCAAAGUACAAUUGACGUUGACCAGACGGCCGAAUCAAUAAUCCGGAAGAUACAUGAUGCCGACACUCUCGCUUUGCAGAGAGUGGACAAUCACGAAGCCUUCUCAAAAUCACCUGAAGUCUUUGACCGAAUAGCUUCAAGAAUGGAGCUAUUCAAAGCGGUUCAUCGAAAGAGACUAGAGGCUCAGGAGAAAGCCAAUCCGCAAGCACCUCUAGAACCACCGGACUUUAGCUUUAUGCUCAACAUACCAGUCGAUGCAUUGUUUCCGUAUGGUCAUUAUGGCGAGAUUCCGAGUGUCUUUGACCCUACAAAUCUUGCCCCG